AUGAAGUGGAUGAUUCCAAGUAGCCCGCAGAUUUGCGCGGCACAUAAUCAAGCUGUCACUUGCAAUUUUGAGCUUUAUGGAAGCAAUGGUCCACUGCUAGAUGUUCAAAGGUUAGCACCAAACGAGGAUAUCACCGGUCAAAAGGUUCGUCCAUACCAUGGUUUCUUUUUUGAAAUUUUACUAAUAUCUACAUAAGAUUGUCAAAGUCUUUAUCAUCAAUGCCUUCAUUGCCAUUGUCCUCUCUCUUGCACUAUCUGUCGAUAAAGUCAAAGUCAACGAAUACGAUAGUCGACCUAAGCGGAAAGACAAAGAAGAACAUAAACGCUUUGUCAAACUCAUCCAUACCAUCGAGACUCUUCUCCAAACGUUUAGCGACCAACAACUCAUCGCAAGCAUCGCGCUCCUCCUUGCAGUCAAUCAACAAGCAUGUCAAUUAUCCGCAUACCACUAUAACCUAGUUUGCACCAUGCUUGUCCUCGGAGUUGUAACCCAUUUGAAUCUCCUAAUGAAUAUCACCGACUUUCUCAAUAAAGGCAAAUUUGUGGCGCUCUACCGGCUUGUAGGAAUUUUGGCACAGAUGGUACUCUCAGGAUUUGUCCUCAAAGCACGCAUGUCAAACAACUUCCCCACCACAGCCGGCCUUCUGUCAAUUAUCCCCGCCGCCUGCUUCGAAGAUAUGAACAGUACCGAUAUCCUAGGCGUAUCCAACUGGUCUACCCUCGCACAUAGCGUCACCACUGCCGGGGUAGCAUCAAACACAACCGCAAACGCAAAACAAAUUCUGGACAACCUCACGGCCUCCUCAACAGCCAAUGGCGGAAUAGGAGAAUACACAACCCUCGCCGUCUUUCUCUUCAUAGCACUCGCUUCUGUCACAAGCGAAUACCUCCAACAAAAACUAAACCUAACCGAAAGAAAGCGCAUCGGCAUGAGUCGGGCUUCAAUAGCAUGUUCUUUCAUGAGUAUCAUUGCCAGUACAGUCAUCGUGGUGUUGUCGUUCACCAGGUACAAUAGCUUGAGAAGUGAAAUGGAGAUUCCCGCACUUUAUAGAGCUGUGGAGGGGAACCAAUGGACGUUCUCGCAGAUUCUACCAAUCUUGAUGAUGGCUGGUAGUUCAAUUGCUGUUGUCAAGGCGGUGACAGAGUCUUUUAUUGGGAUUCCGGGAAGACGAUUCGAGAUCCAAGCUGCGAAUGCCCUUAAAAAGGGAGGAAGAAAUCUUGAGAAGAACAAUGGCAAUGCGGAUGUGGAGAAGGGAGACAGGGAUGGGAACUCAUCUGAGGAACACCUACUGCAAAGUGGUCCAGUGACUGGCUUUUGA